AUGUCUAGGUACGUCGACGGUGGCCCUUUUUUGGCAGAAAUGCUGGCGUUUCGGGACGGGCUUAUUCUUGCCUGGAGCCGUGGCAUGAGAAAGCUCAUUUGUAAUUCUGAUUGUCAGGAGCUUAUAAAUGUUCUCAUGGGACAUACUGUAACUGUGAAUCUUCCUCAUGGCCACUUGCUCAACGAGAUUCGUGGUCUGCUUGCAAGAGAAUGGCGGGUUGAAAUUGCUUGGAGCUGCAGAGAUGCAAAUAAUGUUGCAGAUUGGUUGGCCAAGAGAGGUUCAGGUCUUUUGACGGGUGGUAGCAUCGUUAUUGAGUCUCCCAAUUCAGAGCUUGAAGUUCUUCUAUUGAAGGACUCCCUUUGGAUUGUUUAG